AUGGCUUUUCUGAUCCGCGGCCGCUAUGGACACAGGACGAGCAUACUGGUUACGCUAUUCAUGUGGCUAUGUUUUCAAAUUUGCAUUCUCAUCCGGGAUAUUGUAUACCUUACCGAAACCCCUUUUAUAGAGUACUACGUCGAAAUAGUGCUCGAUAUCUUUAAAAGGAUCUGUGGCUCCCUGUUGUUCUACGUCUACUACAGCCUCCUCAACGGAUUUCUGAACAGCCUUACAGAUACGGGCAAGCCAUAUGCAUCCGUUGCGAUUAUUAAUUGGGCUCUUCUGGCCAUCGUGUCUAUUCUCUCUCUCGCAACUUGCAGCGUUCAUAUUGCGUACGAGGUGCAAUAUAUCACCGAGGUUGGGCAGCUGGGCUUGACAUGCCAUUAUUUGAAGCUGUCAAGUGCGUCCGACAUCAAACCCAUUAUCUCCCUGAUUGCUAGCAGUGUGAGCUGGAUGGCAUUUAAUCUUAUGUUCGCCAUAGAAGAUAUUUGCUAUUCCAUCGAGACCAUCUCUAACCGACCAGGAUAUAUAUGGGCUCUCCAGCCGGUCUGCUCGUUCGUCUUCCUGCUGGGCAUCUUUCUUGGCAUUCUUCUCUGCUCAAAGUGGCGCAUGGUCGAUGAUCCUCCAGCCAUCCCUCCAGUCACCGUAUACUACAGUGAUGGCCCUUUGACCUACCGUACAUAUCACCUGGGGAUAAACGCACAACAGACUGUCUCCAAUAAGCGCUGCGAUAUGUGCAGUACAACAGUCACGACGCCAUUCUGCGGCAAGUGUGGUGCCAAACAAGCACACCCACGACAGGCCGUCUCCGAUAAGCUCUGUGACAAAUGCGGUACGACAGUCACGACGGCAUUCUGCGGCCAGUGUGGUGCCAAAGAAUUGGAAACCGUCGAGGCGGAGGUUCAUGUCUCCGGCCGGGCGCCUCAACAGCAGGAUGAAAGUAUAGAAGAGAUGCACGGCCAAGCGAAGGGGGCAUGA